UGUCACCAACCAAAAAAGAAAAGUUUACAUUAAAAAAUAAAACAGCACUUGAUAAUAUCCUUUGAUUAGAUUAAUUUUAAUUAGAGUAAUCACCGUAUCAUAUGAAAGUUUGAGUAGAGAGAUAAUCAGAAAGAAAGAAAAAAAGCAAAGUUCAUAAUCCAAGAAGUUGUGAAGAUUGUAAAUUAAUGGAGACAGUGAUGGAAGAUGUAGAAGAAUACAACUACAGAGAAGUGAAGCUUCCAUCUCUGAUACCAAUAGUGCCUGAGCCAGAGCUUGAGAGGGAAACAGGGGAAAGAAGAAGAGGAAGGGAUAUAGUAUUAGCCAUAGAUCAUGGUCCAAACAGUAAACAUGCUUUUGAUUGGGCUCUUAUUCAUCUAUGCAGACUUGCUGAUACCAUCCACCUUGUUCAUGCUGUUUCUGAUGUGAAGAACCAAACUGUGUAUGACUUGACUCAGGGGCUGAUGGAGAAAUUAGCGGUUGAGGCUUUUCAAGUUUCAAUGGUGAAAACAGUAGCUCGGAUAGUGCAAGGUGAUGCAGGAAAAGUAAUUUGUAAGGAAGCAGAGAGGAUUAAACCUGCAGCUGUGGUUCUGGGGACCAGAGGCAGAAGCUUGUUUCAAAGUGUGAUACAAGGAAGCGUCGGUGAGUAUUGCUUUCACCACUGUAAAGCAGCACCUGUUGUUAUCGUUCCUGGAAAAGAUGCUGGUGAUGCAUCAAUCGUCUAAUGGAUUUAGGUUGUGUUCUGUAUAAAUUGGCAUUGUUUUCGACCCACUUUCUUGUUUGGAAAUUCAUGGGCAUUUUACUUUGUUUUGCAAGUAAUUCUAAACUACUCAUUUCUUGAAUGUAACAUUGUUUGGCUCAUAGUUUACUUUUAUGAGCACACAGAAUGCUUUUAGGUAACCUUCUGGCAUAGUAGUUUGUUUUGUAACAAUGCAACACAGCUGAUCGAUUGUUAGUUGUUUGUAGUUAGUAAUGACUCUUCUCUA